UUGACUUAUUUUCUGAUACGUGGUGUUAAGAUGCUGGACUUCUUCACCAUCUUCAGUAAAGGGGGGAUAGUGCUGUGGUGUUUUCAGGGUGCCGGGGUCACUGAGUCUUUCACGGGUCCAGUCAACGCUCUGAUUCGCUCGGUGAUCCUUCAGGAGCGAAGUGGGAACAAUUCGUUCACUCACGAAGCCCUGAAUCUAAAAUACAAACUGGAUAAUGAGUUCGAGUUGAUUUUUGUGGUGGGUUUUCAAAAAAUCCUGACGCUGACAUAUGUGGACAAGUUUAUAGAUGAUGUUCAGCUUCACUUCAGGGAUCGUUACAAGAAUGAUCUGGAACAAAAGGGGGCUUUGAAGCUUCUCAACCACAGUUUUGAGUUUCAGGAAGACUUCAUGGUGCUUCUGAGAGAGGCGGAGGCGAGCAGUAAAGCUCGAGGCCACCAUCAAAUACGGUCCUUUAAUGAGUCCAAGAAAUCCCAAAAAACUGUGAAGUCAAUGAUUGAAACGAAGGGCGGGGACAAAGAACAAGGUGGCAAGAAGAGUAAAAAUGCCAAAAAGGAGGCUCCCGCAGCCGAGCCUGCCAAAGGGGACGAGGGGAAGGCCUCGUCCUUGAAGCAGAAGACGGUUGAGAAUGGCAACCAAGGCCUGACUCCUGAGGAGGUCAUUCAAAAGAAGCGAGAGGAAUUCUUCCGCAAGCGCACAGCGGUACCUGCUGAAAAACCCAGCAAGUCCCCAAAGCCUCAAAAGCCAAAGGAGAAACAGAUGCGUGUGUGGAACGAUUCCCCCGGCAACCCCAAGAACCUGGACUACAGCGACAGGAACGGAGGGGGCUCUCCCAACGGCGGCGAGCAGAACGCAGAAGCACUAAUGGACCCGGGAAUGCAGGUCCACUCCAUGAAGGGAGACCUGCAGUCUGUGGAUUACGAUUCCAGCGAGGAGCGGGAUAUGGAGGAAGAAGAGGAGGUGGAGGAGGAGAUUGAGGUCCCCAGCCAAACGAGCAAGGCCAGCUCCAAAAAGGGCGCCGGGUUCGGGGGGAUUUUCGGGAUGCUGAAGGGCCUGGUGGGCUCCAAGAGCCUGUCUCGAGAGGACAUGGAGCCAGUGCUCGAGAAGAUGAGGGACCACCUCAUCGCCAAGAAUGUAGCUGCCGACAUCGCCUCUCAGCUGUGCGACUCCGUGGCCAAAAAGCUGGAAGGCAAAGUCAUGGGCACGUUCACCACUGUGGCCUCAACGGUGAAGCAGGCCCUGCAAGACUCCCUGGUGCAGAUCCUGCAGCCAAAGCGCCGGGUGGAUAUUCUGCGGGACGUCAUGGAGGCGCAGAGCCAGCGCCGGCCCUUCGUCAUCACGUUCUGCGGCGUCAACGGCGUCGGAAAAUCCACCAACCUGGCAAAAAUCUCCUUCUGGCUGAUAGAGAACGGCUUCACCGUGCUGAUCGCCGCCUGCGACACGUUCCGGGCCGGCGCCGUGGAGCAGCUGCGCACCCACCAGCGCCGCCUCAACUCUCUGCGCCCCCCGGGGAAGGAGGGGGGGCGGCCCGCCGUGCAUCUGUACGAGAAGGGCUACGGGAAGGACGCGGCCGGGAUCGCAAUGGAGGCCAUAGCCUACGCCCGCAACCAGAGCUUCGACGUGGUGCUGGUGGACACGGCCGGGCGGAUGCAGGACAACGCGCCCCUGAUGACGGCCCUGGCUAAACUCAUCGCGGUCAACAUGCCCGACCUGGUGCUGUUUGUCGGAGAGGCUCUGGUGGGCAACGAGGCCGUCGACCAGCUGGUUAAAUUUAAUCGGGCCCUGGCUGACCACUCCAUGUCCGACAAGCCGCGCCUCAUCGACGGGAUAGUUCUCACCAAGUUCGACACUAUAGAUGACAAGGUCGGCGCUGCCAUAUCCAUGACUUACAUCACAGGCCAGCCAAUCGUGUUCGUGGGCACUGGGCAGACCUACAACGACCUGCGCAGCCUCAACGCCCGCGCUGUGGUCGGCGCCCUGAUGAAGGCCUAA